AUGACUGAAAUAUCGAGAAGCCUGGUUUCUGACCAUCCUUUGUAUCUUGCAAUGUGCAAGUUUAUUAAGGAUGGAUUAGAGAUGUACGAUUAUCGUGAUUUUUAUCCAUGCUGGGGAGUGUUGACAGUUUGUUAUGAGAUUCUAAUUCAUGAUUUAUUUAAGGUAAAUCAUCGAGAACUAGACAAUUUUCUUAAAAAGGUUCCAGAUGUUAAAUAUCUGGCUUUUGUAACAGACUUUGUCAAGGCAUAUCCCCACCAAGUUAAGAAGCUAUUCCGGCUCAUUUUGUCCCUUCCUAUGUGUGAAUAUGAAACAGAGAAUGUGGGGAGCUGUUCGAGUAGUGACAAUAAGGGAAACUCAAAUGAUCACAGGAGACAGUUGACGGAUUUUAAAUACGACGAAAACUACUUGACAGAGAUGGAGGACGAUGAAGUGGUUAGCACUAUGAGGGAAAUCAUCCAUCGAAUUGAGAAUGACCAGUUGGAGAAAACUUUGGCAGAUUUUGCUUUCUUUAGAUACGAAUUGAUUCGUCGCGAUGGGCUUUUAGAAGGUUUCUUUAGAGAUGCUUAUCUCUGGCAUUUGGUUGAGCCCAUAUGUUCGGUGCUUGAUACUACUUUAAACGUUCAGACAAUAGUUUACCCCGAGCAACCAACAAUAUGGUACAAACUGGAGCCCGUUGGUGUGCAGCGAUGUAGAAGUGGUAUACUUGUCUCUAAAGAUAGUCAGGCGUAUUGUAUUAUAAGGGUUACAAAAGACCCCAUAAUGUCAACUUGUAAUGACGGUUUCUUCAAAUUAGUUCUGAACCAUCCAGCAAAAAUUGACCAACUUAUAUACGAUAUGCUUCAUUUCAAGACUGACCUGGGAAUUUUAACAGAUGCAUAUACCUCUGUGUUUGUGAGAUUGGACCUUGAUUCGUUUGAACACAAUAUUCUCAAUUUGAAACAAGAAACACAUGAGCCAAAUAUAGUUCCAAUCAGGUACAUGCUUCGGGACUGUCAUUCAGCUAAACCUACUUUGCGAGAGUCACUAUUAUCGUUCAUUUAUAAAUCAGUAGAAGAAGAUUCGAAAAUGGAAAAGAAACGAGAAAGGAUUCAGAAGAUGGAGGAACAUCUAAAGCUAUCAGGAAUGGCAUGGACAGUGGAGGAUUUGAGUAGGGAUAUCUCGGAACAAUGUGAGAGUGAACCUCGGGGUACUCUGACAUGCGAUUCAGAAUCUGUUGAGAAAGAAGACAAGGAAGAUAAAGUAUUUAUUGAUAUGCCUAAUAGCUGUGAUUACGUAUGGGUGCAAAAUGGAGAUUUGUUCAACACACAAUUGGUUAGACUAGAAGCUAUUUGCUUGAAGAAGUUCUUACUAGAACCGAUCGAUGAUAAAGAAUUUCUAAUUGCAAAGGUCUAUGAUCCGCGAGUCAUUAAUGAAGAUUAUUACAGACAUUGCUCUCGCAAAGAAAAGAGGGAGAUAUGUGAUGACUGGUACCGUAACGAAAAACAUUGCUAUUCAAUUUUAUCCAAGGACCAUGAGUUCAACAGUUGCUACAUCCGUCAAAAGAAAGGGCAAUUGACUGUUACAAAUGAAGAACUGUAUAUUGCAAUAGGGUAUUUCAACUUAUUCAGAUAUAUUGAAAAUGUCCCGUUGCCGAAGGACCUCGAAACAUAUGAGAAAGCUAAGAAACAAUUGGACAUAAUUCACCGGAAUGGAAUCAUACACACAGAUAUUAGAAAAGCCAACAUUCUUUAUUCAAAAGAAGGCCUUGUAUAUUUCAUCGAUUUUGCAGCUUCAGAACUCAAAAAAAAAGACUACGGCGAUGAGGAAUUUGAAGCUAGGGUUGAAUAUGAAGUUGAUGAUUUAAAAAUCAUAUUCAAUAUUUCCUGA